CCGGCUUAAAAACGCGUUGCCAGAUAAACUUUGAUCAUUUCGUCGAAAAAAUGGUGGUCAAGCACUUCUUAUUGUUGGCUUUAACUGUGGCUGCGGUAUUUUCCGAAGAAUUAGCAACAUACCCAGAAAACGUUCGGGAAAACCAAGGAAGAAUUGUCUCAGGAUGGGAGGCAUAUCCGGGCCAGUUUCCUUACCAGCUGUCCCUUCGUAUGGUGAGCCCAGCUGGCGUGGUGUUUGCAUGUGGGGCGACAGUUAUCCACAACGAGUGGGCUCUUACAGCUGCACAUUGUACUGCUGCAAGGGUCACCAUUUUGAUAAGAGCUGGUGCUACAGAUCUUUCGAAUCCUGAGCUCGUGUUGGAGACAACGGAAUACUACAACCAUCCAAACUACAUCGAACAAUUGACAAGCGUCCAGCCAGAUGAUAUAGGACUCAUUAAAUUCCCUAUUGCCAUAGAAUACUCACAGAGAAUCCAACCAAUCAGACUUCAGUCAUCCCAGGAUCGAAACAAGAACUAUGACAGAAUGAGAUUCACAGCCACAGGAUGGGGCAGAACUUGGACAGGAGGCUCAUCGCCUCAAGUAAUGAACUGGGUAUAUUUACUCGGCGUUACCAACUUCAACUGCCUGCUAGCGUUCAACUUCUCUCCCAUCAUUGUAGACUCUACCAUCUGCGCUUCGUUCUUUAACGUUACCUCUCAGUCUACUUGCCAGGGUGACAGCGGCGGUGGUCUUACUGUCGAAGACAUCGAUGGCCAGCCCACUCAAGUUGGUGUUUCAUCCUUUGUGUCCAGCGGUGGAUGCCACACUGAAGUUCCAGCAGGAUUCAUUCGUCCCGGGCAUUACCACGAGUGGUACACUGAAGUAACUGGUAUCAACUUUGAUUGGAUUCCUGGUCAAACUACUGAAGCCCCCGAGACUGAAACAACUACAGUAACCCAAGAAGAUACCACUGUUACUGAAUCAGAAACCACAGUUACUGAAGCUGUAACAACGGUAACUGAAGCUAAAACAACAGUUAAUGAAGCUGCAACAACGGUUACAGACAUCGAAACUACGGUUUCUGAAGCGCAAGAUGCAACUGAAAGCGAUGAAUAAAAAUAUUAUUAUUAAAACACAAAAUAAAUAAUAAUAUUACGGUAUUCAUUUUAACUCAAGAUAAAACCACUGUUAUUGAAGCUCAGAUGACUGUUACUAUACUUGAAAUUAAUUUUAUUGAGUAAGCAACUACUUCAGUAGUUGCAAGAGUAUAAGCCACUGCCUGAUUGUUAACUAAUUUUUAUUUAUUUACUAUUAAAUUUAAACUUUACUUGCUUCAA